AUAAGAUCGUUGAUAAACCAUUACAGAAUCUGAACUGAAAAUUUACGAACUGGAAACUUAAGGUCGGUUAAGGUUUAUUUAUUUUCUAAACCGUGAACUGACUAUUCAUUAACCGGAUCUGGGUUCUGAACCGUGGCCUAAUACCAACUCUUCAAACGUACGGAAAAUAAAAGGGGGAAAAAGAAAAAAACAAAACAAAAAGGCUUUUUUCAUAAUUCGCCUUUCUCAAACUUUCUUCACCUUUCGGCAACCUCUUCGGGUUCUUCCCAAUUCCCCACCUUUUGAUUAUUAGUAUUAAUUAAUCUAUAAAGAAAGUAUAAUAUAGAUCAAAUAAACCGAAUCUUGCCUAGCAGAAAGAAUCCCAGCAUAAAUCUCACUUUCUCUCUCUAUAUUUUCAGUCUUACGCACGAUAAAGUGAUUGUUCGGGUCGCAUUGAGGUACUAUGUUGUUGAUGUUAAUCUUUACCUUAUGAAUUCGCUAUUUAUUCUUAUUAUUUUCUUUGUACUAUGUUUGUUCUUCUCAUUGGUGUUUUCGAUUUGGGGGAAAAAAAAUCAGGGUUCGUGGAGAUGGCAUCGUCUUCAUCGUCCUCCGCGCAAGAAUUUGAUUAUUUGUUCAAGUUAUUGUUGAUUGGGGAUUCCGGAGUAGGAAAAAGCAGUCUUUUGCUCAGCUUUACUUCAGAUACCUUCGAAGAUCUCUCUCCUACGAUAGGGGUUGAUUUCAAAGUAAAAUAUGUCACCCAUGGGGGAAAGAAAUUGAAGCUUGCCAUCUGGGAUACAGCUGGUCAGGAAAGAUUCAGAACAUUGACCAGUUCUUAUUACCGAGGAGCUCAAGGAAUUAUUAUGGUUUACGAUGUCACUCGUAGAGAAACAUUCACUAAUCUCUCUGAUAUAUGGGCUAAAGAGAUCGACUUGUAUUCAACAAAUCAAGACUGUAUCAAGAUGCUUGUUGGCAACAAAGUUGACAAGGAAAGUGAAAGAGUUGUUAGCAAGAAAGAAGGAAUAAACUUUGCUAGGGAAUAUGGUUGCCUGUUCAUUGAAUGCAGUGCUAAAACUCGAACUAAUGUGGAGCAAUGCUUUGAGGAACUGGUACUAAAGAUCUUGGAUACACCUAGUCUCCUGGCCGAGGGCUCCGUCGGUGUGAAGAAGAAUAUAUUUAAGCAGAAACCUCCAGAAUCGGAUGCCUCAACCAGUGGCUGUUGCUGAAACUCCUCUGUUUUCUUUCUUGGAGCUGUUAACUUGCCCCUUGUAAUUCUUGUCAACUUCGAGUGAUAAAAGGAAACAAAAUAGAAUUUUCAUCUUUCACAACAGAACUCUUAUAUUGCACUUUCCGUUCAUUAUCGGUUUGAUUUUACUUCAUUGUGAUCGCUGUGUUGUAAGUUUUUAGUAAUUAGUAAUGAUAGAGAUGUGAGUUUAUGAAAAAAUGAUUUGACAUGGCAGUAACACAGACAGCAGGGGUAAUCAUCAAAGAUUUCCUGGAGUGUCAAUAGUCAAUACAAAGUUGUCUGCAUACAUUUCGGCAUCAUUCGACUACUAUAUUGAUUCAUCCUAUCGUGUUUCGGUAAAAUUUCUCUCUUUUUUUUUUUUCCAUGUACGUUUGCUUUGUUUAACCACAAGUUGCAAUGAUUGAGUUCUGGGUGCAAC